GGGUGGUUGCUGUGAUUGGCGGAACCUGCCGAGCAUUUCCGAGCACAUCCGGUUAAAGGGGAUCAUCAGCUGACUGCGACGACGUUCCGUCCGUCGAUGGACCGUUUUUGACUCCGUAAAACCAUCAAACAGAUCAUCCGCGUAUACAAGAUCGAUUAACCGGUCAACAGAAUGCCGUCGCUUCUGUUCUGCGGACCGAAGAUGGCCGCCUGUGGUAUGGUGAUUAGCAUCUGGGGGGUCAUCAUGCUGGCCAUGUUGGGGAUCUUCUUCAGUGCCAAGUCAGCCGUGCUGAUUGAAGACGUCCCGUUCACUGAGGAGGACAUCCGGAACGACCCGAACCCACCUCAGAAAAUCUACAGCCUCUACAACCAGGUGGGGAUCAACUGCUUCAUCGCCGCCGGUAUCUAUGUGGUGGUGGGCGCCGUCUCACUCUGCCAAGUCAGGCUCAACAAGCGGCAAGAAUACAUGGUGACAUAAAAAGUAGAGAUGCCUCCUCGGUCUGACCUCUGACCCCCUCCCCCCUCAGUCUACCCCACAGUCGGAUCAGUGUCUCAGCUCUGAUUGGUUACAGGGUGAAGAAGGGGGCGUGGUCAGGCAUCACCUGGGUUAUUUAUUUGAAAUAAAAUGUGUUGUUUUUCCCUUUGAUGUGUUCCCAUGAAAACGACCAAACGUUGAUUCUAAAUGUCAGAUUUGUGUCCUGAUUUAUAUGAAUAAGUCCGUCAGCGGAGUCUUCAUCACAAUCAUCUGGGCCUCCUGAGGUUCUGUUCUGGAUCCAGAUGUGGUCAAAAACCUUCUGCUGAAACUUCAUUUGCAAUAAAGUGUGUGUCACUAAA